AUGAUACUUAAUAAAGACGAGUACGAAUCAGUCUUUGGAAACACAGAAACAGAAACUGCCUUUUCAGAGUCACUACAAAGCUCAGACUCAAGCUCAAGAGCCACCUUCAGAACUUCUAGCAGGCGAGCAGAUGCAGAAGCCAACCUUGCAGCAAAGAUAGAGCAGGCAAAGGCAAUGCAACAGAUGCGCGAGCAACAAGCUAAGCUGAACAAACUGGAGAGUGAAUUAAAGCUCAAAGAGGCACAAAUGCUUGCAGAAAUUAAACUGAAGUUGGAUGAGGAAAAGACAAGACUACAACAGCUACUAGCAGAAAAUGAAGUCAAGGUAGCUGUUGCACUAGUGAAAGCUUACAAUGCCUAUGAUGGUCCUGAAAAUUGUGAGCAGAAGACAGACCACAAGGUGCAAUACCUCUGUCAAAAUAACGAAUCCACAAGCUGUGCUAUUUCAACCUUCAAAUAUAAGACUUGA